AUGCGGCCCGCGACGAAAAAACGACUACACAACGUUAAGCGAUCCUCCCGACACAUACUCGAGUCCCUGCGACACAAGCGCACGUUUUCCCUUUCCUCCCACUCACACACAUCACAAAUGUCCGACAAACAGGAACGCCUCACAGAGGCAGAGCUGGACAGGACACUAAAAGUUUACCUUGCGCACAAGGCAACCCGUUCCAUGGCGGAAAUUGCAAAAAAGCAAUACAUGGAGGGCAAAACGAACACAAGCGAGUUCCUGGAAAUGACAGCGGCAAUGGCGGACUCCUUGUGGGAAAAAGCCGGCGAAAAAGGAGCCCCAUCAAUAGACGUCAAGAAGGAGAUGAUGGAGGCUCACAAUAUCUUCGCAGACAAGGAACUCCAAGAGGUGAUGGACAUGGAGGAUAAGCGGAAAGAAGCCCGGGCGAAGAUCAAAGCGACAAAGGACCCAUUGGAGGGAUAUAAAACCAAGGUCGAAUCGGCGAUCCUGGCGAACCAGAUGUCCCCAAUGGCCGCGGCAACGGCGACAAUUCUACUCGGUCUGUCCGGACCAGAGGCACAAGAAAUGAGCGCCGAUGAGAGAAUUGCCGAAUGGCUGUCCAUUUUUGUCGAUGAGACGUGCUCGUCGCGAUUGCUUGCCUUCAAUGUGCAAGUCGCCGAAUCCGUCGCAGGAGGGAUGCGACAAUGGCGUAAAGUGUUGAAACGGCUGGACGCACCUCUCGUUCCGGAAACGGAACGACUCGCACACCUUAACCGUAUCACACUUGAAGCGGCUGAGAACGAGAAGCAGCGGAGCACCACCCAAAGGAUCGAAGGAGGAGGCACGCACACAACACGCCCACGAGAUAUUUUUCGGACACCGCCAAGAGACGGCAGCGAUCUCCUGGAAGGCGGCGCGCCGUACGCACCCAUCAUCGGAGCAGAUGGCUCGCAAGUCGCCGCCCUGGAUAUGAGCAGCUUCGGUGCCCUCACGGAAGAGUCCCAGUAA